AGAAUACUUGGACUUGUUACUUAUAUACUAGCUACAAUUGACAAAAAUGAAAAUUUUUCAAGCUCUCAUAAUCUCAGUCUCUUUAUUAUGGAAUGCUACAGGAGACUUUACACUGUCAUUCCAGUUUCAUCGCUACAGCAAUCCUUCUGAUCGUGAUGUUAAUGGAAACUGUUGUGAUACUGCUCAGAGGGUCAUAUGUGGCUCCUGUGACACUCAUUUUAAAUCACUUUGUCUAAGAAAUGGAGGAACAUCACAUUCCCAAACCGGUCAAUGCAUACCUGGCACUGUUUUAAGUCCUGGAGGGGUUGGUGGAAGCAGUGUAAACUUUAGUGCCCACAUUGGUGUCAUUUCAAAUCCUUUUGGCUACAAUAAAUCUGGAAGUAUUUUACAAUCUGGGUUUCAGUUAUACUUGGAAGUAUGGGACGAUGAUCAAUUUAGUGUUGAUGACUUAAUUGACAGAAUAGUAUUUAACAUUUCUAAUCACACUUCAUCUCAAAUAUCACACACUGCAAUCGGUGUAUUUAGCAGAGUUUCAUUAUUAUCCAGUUAUAGGCUGUUAUGCAGUGUGAAUUAUUAUGGAUUUGAUUGUUCAGUCCUCUGUAUACCCUAUAAUGAUGAUACUAAUGGACACUAUACCUGUAAUAGCACUACUGGAGCAAAGAAAUGUAGAGAGGGCUGGCAGAAUGUAACCAAUAACUGUACAAAUGUUGCUUGCAAUUUAGUGUGUCAAUCACCAGGUGGUACAUGUACACAUAAUGGGACUUGUCAGUGUACUAUUGGUUGGUCAGGAGAUGGCUGUGACAUACCUCAGUGUAUUGAAGGGUGUCAUCCUCAAGGAGGAUAUUGUACUGAGCCAUAUCAAUGUUUGUGCUACAAUAAUUGGAAUGGAAGUCUUUGUAAUGAGUCGUUUUGUACUGUUAACUGUAGUUCAAUAGGAGGACAAUGCCUGGUACCUGAUCAGUGUACAUGUUUUGCUGGUUAUACAGGACCUGCAUGUGAAAUUGAUUUACUUCCUUGUGAUCAUCAAAUGCCUUGCUUUAAUGGAGGUCAUUGCUCCCAUACUGAAUCUCCUGGAGAAUAUGUUUGCUCCUGUCAAGUGGGUUACAUGGGAAUGAAUUGUGAGGUUAAUAUUGACGUCUGUGCUACUCAACCAUGUCUUAAUAAUGGAACAUGUAUUAAUGAAGAUCCUGGCAAUUACAGUUGCAUAUGUUCUGCUGGAUGGACAGGAAAAUCUUGUCAUUUCUCAAUUGAAUAUUGUGAAUCAAACCCAUGUAUUAAUAAUGGAACAUGUGUGAAUCUUCCAAAUGCUUACUAUUGUAACUGUUCAAGUCAAUAUGAAGGACUGAACUGUGAACUAGCUGUUAACGCUUGUCUUCCUGAUCCUUGCCAAAACAACUCCACAUGCAUUAACCAUGUUACUAGUUACUCUUGUGAAUGCAAUGAAGGAUUCACUGGCCAUGACUGUGAAAGCAUAAUAUCAUCAUCAUACACUACAGCAUCGCUGCCAUCGCCUUCUGCAAAUCCCCCCACUACAACCAUAGAUACUACAACAAGUCAAACUAUAGUAGGUCCAAUUGUUGGAGGUAUUGUUGGUUCAUUGUUUCUAACAAUACUCUUGAUCACAGCUUUUGUUGCAGUAUCAGUUAUAGCAUCGUGUUUUAAGAAAAGGAAAAUGAGGAACCACAAGGAGAUUCACACAAGUGAUGCAAUGGAUAACGUAGCUACUAUUACUCCAUUGCCUAACCCAAGUUAUGCAGUGAUUCAAAGAGCAUAUGGUGAUAAUGAUGAGGACUUAUACAUAUGAGAAAAUAGAUCUUUUUAUCCCAUAUUAAAUAUAAACUACUUACUAUACAUGGUACAAAAAUUUGUCAUGCAAUCAAAUAAUUCAAUUAGAUACAAGUAGAUAUACUGCCAUUACUAUUCAUUCAUUCAUUCAUGCAUGUGCAUGUACAAAUUAUUCUUACUAUCAUUAUUAAUAAUCAUACUAACAAUGUUAAAACAAAAUAACACAAAAAAGACAAUGAAAAAA